UCGACGGGCGUCUCGCGAGUGCGGAGGGCUCAUUCGGCCGCGCGCCGCCUUGGCGUUCGUAUCGCGCGCUCGCGUCACGAUGGAUUGUGUUCUGUGUGACAUGUGCUUCUGAUUUGGUGUAUUAUUUUUUUUGUGACGGACCCGUUGUGUGUAAAAGCAUGAUGCCUCUCGCACCGACCCCUGUGGUGGCGGUGCCAUCGAAGCCGAAGAUAGGAUUUAGUAUAGACAGUAUAGUGGGUGGUUCGGAGCGGCCGAAGCAGGCAUCGCCGCCGCUGGCGAGUCCUGGGUCUCCGUCGCCGGUCGCGUCUCCGAGGAGUCCAUCACCCAGACCUUUGUUGAGGCCGAGUGCACUGCCCGCGGUGUUUCCUUCUCCGGAGUUGAAGAGGUUGCCGUACUUGGACGCUCAGAGUCAUCACCACCAGUUUCUGGCGCACUUCCAAGGGGCUGCGCUGGCCGCGGCGCUGGCUCAUCAGCAGCAGGGCUUCGGAGGACCUCUGCCGCCGCAUCCGCCCCCUCACCCCGCGCCGCCGGUGCCCCGGGAGUCCUACACGCUGUACCCCUGGCUCAUCAACAGGCACGGCAGGAUAUUCCCACACAGGUUUCCUGGAGGACCCGACAUCCCCGGCUUCCUACUCCAGCCGUUCCGCAAACCCAAGCGGAUCAGAACAGCGUUCUCGCCAUCACAGCUCUUGAAACUAGAACACGCCUUCGAGAAGAACCAUUACGUGGUUGGCGCGGAGAGAAAACAGCUCGCUCAAGCGUUGAGCCUCACAGAGACACAGGUAAAAGUUUGGUUCCAAAAUAGAAGAACGAAACAUAAACGAAUGCAGCAAGAAGAGGAAGCGAAGACCGGAGGCAAGUCAGGCUCCUCAAACAUGAAGCCAGAUGACGGCAGUCAGCUCAACAACUCCUACGAAGAUGAUGACGAAGAACUAAUUGAUAUGGACAUGGACGAACUCAGUGAAAGUGAAAAUGAAACGUAAGACAGUGGAAUAAGUGAUAAAAUCGUGUAAAUAUUAAUGUAAUCUAGAUGUUUAGAGUAUAGUUUUAUUUAUUUAUGAGUUUUAAGAGAUGUUAGCUGGCGGUGGUAGCCUUGUUUCGACUGACAAUGACUUUGGUUUGAAAAGCGAAUGUUAGAGCCGUUACAUUUGAAUUAGUGCAGGGAAUGCUAUGAUUGAUUAAACAUUUCGUCGUGAUUACAAUACGCAAUAAGUAAGAAACCAACGCUUAGAAUUUGUCAUUAAUUAUCUUAAUUUAGACAAUUAAUUUAGGCAUUACCAUGACGCAAUCAAAUUUGCAAAUUUUAAUUAAAAUUUAUUUGAUUACUAAACCCCGUAUAUCAACAGGCAACGUGAUCAAUCUUCAAAAAGUGGGCGUUAGGUGGUGUUUGCAAUAAUUUAUAUCAAUUCCAAAGCCAUUAAAGCGGCCAUAUCAUUAAAUCAACUUUAUAAAACGGUUUCAAAAUGGCUCCCCGGGUCUUGUUAGCGUUACGGCUUAUUAGAUAACAAAAUUGGCCGUAUUAUAAUAGUUUUCGGGCUUAAAUUAAUUAAAAAUGGCUCUUUUUUGAUGUUCAUCCAGUGAUGUGGGUAUAAUUAGACAUUUUAGAUUUGAAAUGUUGAUAGGCAGGGUCCGUGGUUUCUCAACGAGCGCUGUCAACGUUAGACGGAGAUAACAAUACGGGCGUUACUGCAGAUAGAGGGAGAUAGGUGUAAGAUAGAGAUGAAGGCGAUUAUGGGUGCGUUCAGGUCCCUAUUAUUAAGAGAUGCGUUCGGAAACUAUCGCGUUCUCGAAUCGCGUUUCGUAAUUGCUCGCGACGUAACAAAAUUGUUUUGAAGUCGUCAACGAUUGUUCUCCGAAGACUAUUUGUCUACGCGUUAGGAAUUUAAAGAUAGAGAUCUUUUUCUUGUUGAUGAUUCCUUUGACGCGUUGCUUAACUGUUUAGUUUGACUAACGACGUGUCUGGACUAUUGUUUUAAUGUGUCACAUUCUUUUUAUAUUUGUGAGCUCGUAUUUUUAUGGCCAUUAUCAAUUUAGAAGACCAGUUUUUAGUAUGGAGGUUGUUUUGAUUUCUCCGUGAGUCCGAAAUAAAAAUGAAUUCACACUAAUGGCGAGCGUUCGGCCAUUUUAUGGCAAAUUAUAGUUGAAUGCUAAAAUUUUAACGGUCAAUUAAUCGAUUAGCAACUAAGAUUUUGCUUAAUUAAACUCGGAUAGGUACUGAAAAAGUUGGUCUAACUACGGUUUGUCCGUUGAAAAUUGUUUUGAUUUUUUUCUGUCUAAAGUUUUAUGUACUUUCUUGAUUGAAAAGGCGUUAUUCUCAUUGCUUUGUUUACUAUGUUCUUUCACUAGGCUGUAGCCUUUAAACCCGGGUUUAAGCGAGCGAUUAUAAGGCUAAUUUGUAUUUUCCUUUCCGUCUUUUGUUCAUAUGAUUUACGAUUACCAGUAUCGAGUUCUCGCCGAAUCGAUUUACCGAGUGAAUCGGUUUUAAAAACAAACUAUUUUGUUUUUGUUCGGUACCCGUGUGGUUAUGCCAUGUUGUUACAAAAUGUAGUUUUGAAAACAUGUAGCGGCAAUAUAUUUUUAAUUGCAUGACGUCGUGGGAAAAUAUAUUUGUGAACUGUGAAGUUAAUAAUACAAGAUUUGACUGUUUAUAUUGACAGUAAAGAAAGAUGUUAAAACGCUAAAUAUUAUUUUUAAAUUCUCAAUCAGAGUUUCAAAUAUUUACAAUAAAAAGAUUGUCGAAAUUCUCGCGCCUAAUAAAAAUCGAGAAUCGGAAUGCGCUAACUACCACACUAUCCGAAUCAAACGCGAUCGAAGAAAAAAAGGAAAAAAAAAAACGCAGGCAAAGAACCAAAGCGUUUGGCUCCACGCCAUUCGUAAUUUGAAAUCUAGAUUCCAUUUUCAGCUCAAUUAACUCUUAGUCGAUUUUAAUUAUCGUUUUUAUUCAUUAAGUGUUUGCGAUUAGCGGCCAUGUCGAUAUUUUACGAUGUAUUCUUUCGUAAAAGUUCGUUUUUAAUUACAUUCGCAUUGAUUGCUUUUAAUUCGCUGAUUAUGUGACAUUAUAACGUUUAUUGGAGUCAUUGGAUGUUGAGAUAAGGCUGUUCGAUUUUUGAAUUGACUUUGACAUCUGAUUUUGAGUGAUGCUCAUUGUUUUACGAAGAAUGAAAUUGAUCUAGAUGUUGUAAAAUUGGACUGAUUUCAACAAAAAAUUAACUAAAUGUCAAAAUAAAUGCUUGUCUAAACUUAUUUACAUACUUAUUUUGAUUUGAAAAUUUUAAAAGUUUAUUAUUUAUGUUAUUUCAAGAAAUAUUUGACUGUUUUGUUGAAUUCAGUCCUUAUAACCUAUAGCUCAAAAUUGAAUAGCAAUAUACAUGAAAAUAAAACAUAUUACAUACUAUAAAGUUAACGAUUCGCUCAAAUAUAGUAGUUUUAUUAAGCCAGUUCCUUUAGAGUAAUAUGUUAUGUGAAUAAAAAUGUCUAACGAUUUAAUGCAGUAUUAUAAUGAUUGUACCUUCUUGGUGAAGUGGAACCUGACUUGUGACGUCACUUGGCACGUUAAAAUGUGACGCAGACAGCUGAUAAGAAUUUCUAAAGAAAACUCUUCGAUUUAUUCAAAAAACUGAAUGUUUCUUUGUAAGUAUCACAGUUAUAAUGAUAAUGAUGGAGUUCUGUAUUUUCAUGAAACAAUGCUCAUUUGCUUUUUUUAAGCGUAUAGUCGAGAACAUUAGUGACUUCUCAAUAGAUGGAAAAAAAUGAAACUGGCCAUCAAUAUCUUUAUUCGCAAAGCUGUUGUAUUUUUCAUGUAAAGAAAUUACAGAAAAUUAAUACCUAUUAUAUUACACGAUCCUAUUAUCCAAAGGUAACAACAUUUGUCGGCAUUCAGUCAACAAAAACCUUGUUUUACAGUAAUUCAGAAAUAUUUUAACGUUCAACAGUAGCUCGUGCCUGCCCCCGGCUUUGCCCGUUUACAACAAUACAUUUUUUAACCACAAAGACCGAUGAACGAGGUCAGUCAUUCACUCACUCUCACGGAAUCAUUCAAAAGGUUCGUUGACAGAUGGUGCAACGAGAAAAUUGAUCGAAAUAUUUUAUGUAUUGUAAGAAAAAUUUAAAAAGGAUACAGAAAAUUGUAAAUAAUAACUAUUUAUUUCUUACUUUGUACUUAAUAAGGAACUUAUGUGUAGAGUUGAGCGCAUAUGGGCAGGAAUAAGUAAACUAUUGUUGAACAAUUCGCGGUUUCCAUUUUGAAAUGGUAUCAAUGAUUCUUGUUCAGUUUAUACCUAACUAUAGGUGUGUUUCUCCAAUGACCACCUUGUUACAAUAUCUAUAUAUUUUUUCAUUAUUAAUGCUUACCUUUGCUAACAAAAAAAUAAUUUCAGCCAUUAUUUAUAAAAUUCUUACUGUUACCUACUUAUGGGUAUUUACAAGGCGUUUAUAAAUAAGUUUAUUGUAUAAACGCCCCCAUUUGCACUCAACUCAAAAAUCAUAAAUCUAUAAUAAAAAAAAAUGUUCCUUUCCUUGGAUAAUGCCACUGAAACAGUCUUGUAAAUAUUUAAUUAACUUUAACUAUAUCUUAGGCUAGUUGUACAUUAUCUCUAUUUAAAUAAAAACAUAGUAAAACUGUACAUAUGUGUGUCUAGAUGUAACGGAAUACAGUUUAAGUGUAUUUGUGUGUAUAUCGAGUAACUCUUCCCGACUGUACUCAGCAAUGUUUCUUUUAACUCAGUACGAAGAUGUAGCAAUUUAAAUCAACGAGUGAUAUAUAAAAUAUAUGUUUUUACUCAUUUA